UUUGGUGUAAACAUCACUGCCAUACUCAUUAGGACUACAGUAAACCGUCUACACUUAUAGAUAACGUACAGUAAAACAAUUAGUAUUUUAGUCUAUUUGCUGCUCAUUUGUAAGCGCCUCACGCAAAUACUACAGCACGUUGUAAUAAGCGGGAACGUAACUAAUUACUUCAAACAGGAGCUUCCCACGUGUACAAUCAAAAGUGGCCUUUGCUUUUCUGCCAUGCAACAACGGUACAUGCACAUGUCUGUAUUGUUACACAAUACCGGGUUUUUUUAUCGAGUGAAGCUUGGAGCAGAGGGCUCGCAAAUUAUAUCAGUAGAUAAACAUUAAGUUUUGUGAGCGAUAGUCCCAUACCAUCGAUCUUUCAGUCCUCGCCACGCUUUACCAUAGUUUUAGUGUGUUGGGGACGAGCCGUCAGGCACACGACAGCAUCACAGACAGGAAUGCAAAAUAAAACGAUACAUCAACAAAUAUAAUGCGGUGGAAGAGAACAGCUUUGUUAAAUGCGGUGCUAGUGGUAGCCACGUCAGCGCUGCACCUCACUGUAGAACAUGGGAUACACAGUGACCAGAACGGUACCAGCCUUGCUGCCAUCGAUGAAACGGCCAAUUCAGUGCUUGUUCCCACCAUUACAAAUUCCGAGAAUUUUGCAGUGAACGAAACAGUUACCGAUAACACAACGAAUGAAAAACCUUUCAUGUCAACACAAUCUAACUCUUAUUCUAAUAGCAAUAGUGUCGCAUACGCAAAUGAGCCAAUUGGCGACAAAGAAAAGAGGAUGGACACUGAAAGUUUGCAUAUUAGAACCGGCGACGAUGGCGAUGACGGGGGUGACGAGAAUAAUGGUAACGAUAAUAAUAACGGUAACGAUAAUAGUCACGAUAGUAAUGAUGGUGACGAUAAUAAUGAAGGUGACGAUAAUAAUGAUGAGAAAUUAGUUGUGGACACAUCGUCUGGUAAAGUACGUGGUCAUAUCUGGCGGAAAAAUGAAAACAUAAUUAGCUACAUUGAUAUAAAAUACGGCACUUUCAACAGCCUAUUUGAGGCUCCAGUAGCACCAAACAGAUCAAAUACAGUUCAUGAAAUUAAAGAACAUGCAUCCCGAUGUCCGCAGCUACAAGAUAAUAAAGUUGUCGGAGAUACAGACUGUCUGACAUUGAGCAUCUUCAAACCACCGAAUGUUAAAAAUGCGAGUGUCCUUGUUCACAUCCACGAGGGGAAUUUUAUUGGAGAAAGCGCCAAUCCUAAAAUAUACGGUCCAGAAUAUUUAACAGCAAAACAAAUAAUCCUGGUGUUACCUAAUUAUAGACUAGGACCGCUCGGAUUCCUCUGUAUGCAAGAUAAAACUGCUCCCGGUAACGCAGCUUUAAAAGACUUGUCUUUAGCGUUGACAUGGGUAAAAACGAACAUUGAGAAAUUUGGUGGAAACCCUGGAAAUGUGGCAGUAAGUGGCAUUGGUACCGCGGGUGCAUUGGCUGGAUAUCUGGCACUGUCUCCGAUGUCAUAUGAGAAUGUCCACAAAGUUAUCAUAGAAAGUGGUUCAGUUUUAUCUCAUUGGGCAAUAGAUAGAGAUCCCAUCGAUACUGCAACACGCUUAUCCAGUAAGAUUGAAAAUUUUAAAUCAUUUGAGGAUGUAGAUCUAAAACCAUUAUUGAAAGCUGCAGAAACCGUUGCGUUGAGACCAUGUUUAGAAAAAACUGAUAAACCUUUUAUGACUGAAACUCCAUGGAAAGUUAUGGAAAACAAAGAAAUUAAAAUCCCCUUUAUGAUGGGUACGGCCAAGUAUGCUGGCGUCCAUGAAUUUUUAAGUCUUACACAACAAACUGUUCAGGAGUUGAAUGAAGACGUCGGUCUCUUGUUGCCAAACGAUUUACACUUCACAAGCGACGACGAAAGAACAAGAAUAGGCAAUAGAGUAAAAAAUGAAUAUUUUGGUGAGGACACUAUUAGCCUGAGCAGUGCGGAACGACUGACACUGUAUUAUACGGACGCUGCAUAUCUUGGUCCUGCAAUGCGCACUGCUCGACCGUUGGUUGGCUCUGGUGCAACGGUAUACUUCUAUGAAUUUUCUUUUGUUGGUGAAUUUAACAGGGAAUCGCAUGCUAUUGAAAGCCCGGUAGAGGGUGCAGUGAGGGGUGACCUCAUUGGUUACAUUUUCAUGCAAGAUGGAGUCGCGCCAGCCGAAAAUACAGCCGAGCGAUCAAUGGUGGAGUGUCUAGUCGAAUUAUGGACCAGUUUCAUCAAUACAGGUACACCGACCUCCACCGACAUAACUUGGGAGAAGUUUGACAACGAGGACCCUUCCGAAGAACACUGGCUAUCGAUCGACACCGACGUGACUCCGUCAAAGGGCGUGCAUGUGGAGCGCAUGACGCUGUGGACUGAGAUAUACAAGGAGUACUUCAUAGAGAAGAGCCUCGCCUACGGGAUGUCUCCCAGCGUCUGCACCGUCCUCCUCCUUCAGGCUGUGUUCUUUAUCACAUUCUUUAGGCACGCCUGGCAUUUCUUCUGAGGGAUCAGUUUAACAAUGACUUGAUGCUAAUUAGUUGUUAAUUCACCGUGACAAAAGCCAUGUACUUUAAAUAAUAUGAAGGUAUAUUUUGAUUAAAUCAUGUA